GGGCGGCGGGCAGCGCAGAGUGCGAGGCUCUUUUGUUCGGCUGAGGGGAGGGCCGUUGGCCGGGGCCUGCGGUACGCCGCUUCAGUGAGGGGGCUCAACCGCGGUCAACCGGUUUGUUGCUUUUCUGGUCGCCACUCCCCUGGCCGGCCCGACAAGACGCGCUAGUAGCGCGGCACCGAUUUCUCGCGGGCUCGUGGGCGCUGCUCUGAGAGUUAAUAAGUAUUUCUCAAUGGCGAUGUCUACUGAAAAAUUGAAUAGCCUUUCCACGAUUAAUUGGAGAAGUUGUUUGAAUGAGGACAAAAUUCUGAUCCUCAGCGUCACCCUUUAUACCAGAAAGCUGGCGGGCACUAUGGGGAAAAAACAAAACAAGAAGAAAGUGGAGGAGGUGCUAGAAGAAGAAGAAGAAGAAUAUGUGGUGGAAAAAGUUCUUGACCGUCGAGUGGUAAAGGGCAAAGUGGAGUACCUCCUAAAGUGGAAGGGGUUCUCAGAUGAGGACAACACAUGGGAGCCAGAAGAAAACCUGGAUUGCCCCGACCUCAUUGCUGAGUUCCUGCAGUCACAGAAAACAGCACACGAGACAGAUAAAUCGGAGGGAGGCAAGCGCAAAGCUGAUUCUGAUUCGGAAGAUAAGGGGGAGGAGAGCAAACCAAAGAAGAAGAAAGAAGAGUCAGAAAAGCCACGAGGCUUUGCCCGGGGUUUGGAACCGGAGCGGAUUAUUGGAGCUACAGACUCCAGUGGAGAACUCAUGUUCCUGAUGAAAUGGAAAAACUCUGAUGAGGCUGACCUGGUCCCUGCCAAGGAAGCCAAUGUCAAGUGCCCACAGGUUGUCAUAUCCUUCUAUGAGGAAAGGCUGACGUGGCAUUCCUACCCCUCGGAGGAUGAUGACAAAAAAGAUGACAAGAAUUAACUCUCCUGAGUACCAGCCCCUGUCACAUCUGACUGUGGGUUUCAGGUGGGGAAAGAAGGAGAUCUACUUGUCUUGACACCGUAGAGGGGGCUUGAGAAGAUGUCCUUUGAAGAGCCAGUAUAGUUUCUGUGCCCUACAGCAGCCCAAGUGCUUUAAAGCCGCUCCAUGCUGUAUAGUUUGCACACCCAUCCCAGUGGAGGGGAAGGAGGGUCAGUGUUUCAAGGCAACCCAUUCUGAACUUUGCUGACAAAAGCAAAGGGCCUUCUAUGAAGGACAAAACUUGCAGGAUGGGAUGUGGGAGAGCAAAAGAUACUGCAGAUCUUCAAAGAGCAUCUCCACAACCCACAGCCUUCUUCCCAAUAGUGUUAACUCUGCAUUUUUACAGCGUAGCAUGUAUGUAGUUUUUGGCUAUUUCUGGUGUGUUAUUUGGGGUGGGAGGGAUGGGGUGGGGAAGAAGGGAGAUGGGUUAGGAUCAUUUUUGUUAAAAUCUGGGGCCUGUUGGGGGGAAAUGGUGAAAGAAAGGAAAGAACAACUAAUGAUGAUUUGGUUCUGUGUCCAGAAUAUUUCAUCCUUUCAAAAAAUGUCAUUGGCAACCUAAAUGAGGACUGUGAGAGACUGUUUAAAAGCUGUGAAUGCCUGAAACUUAGAAGCCAAGGUGUUGCCUGCCUGAGCUUAAUGCUGUUCCCAAAAAGCAUUAAGCUUUGGUAACUUCUUAACUUCCCAAUUAAGAAGUUACCAAAGCCGCCAUUUGGGGGAUGGAAACUGGUUGAGGAAAAGUCUUAUUGGAGUGUAUACACAGGCAGAUCAUUCUGUCUUAGAGGUGCUAAUUCUUGAAAUCGACAAGAAGACCCUUUCUUUUCCAAUUUUGAAGUUAUAAAUAUCAGCUUCUCCAUCCAAGCCACUGGCUGAAGUAUUUGGGGAAGGGCAGAGGGUGGUAUAGGAGAUGGGAGAGUAGGCAAAGACAAGGGCCGGUGCUCUUAGGGUGGAAAACUCUUGGAGCCUCUGUUUUUUGAACUUUGAAACCAUUGGUGGCAGGGUUCAGUCACUGACAGCACAAGUUCACUGAGUCACUUCAAGAGUUGAAUGAUUUCUGAAGCCCUGGUCUCAGGAGAUUAAAUUUUCAUACUGGGGCAGUGGUUCACUUUAAAACAAAACACAUUUUUUUAAUCCUAAGAAUUAACUAAAACCCAAAAUGCUGUCUUGAAUCAUGAGAUCCAUCAGUUCUUGACAUCAUUUAGACCUGCAUCUAGAACUCCGUUGUAAAAUCUUUUUAGGCAUGUGUUAGGUUUCUGUGAAAACUUUUGUUUUUAAAUGUUAAACUUCAUACCAACACUGUCAGUUUUUGUCUUAAUAAAACUAUAGAUUUAUAAUCCUU